UAGCCGCUAUUUAAAGAUAAUUUUAAUAGCACGAACAGAUGUGUAUCCGAAAAGGAAAAUCUUACAAAUUGGUGUGUCCAGGCCGACAUAAUAAAUCCACAGCAAAAUGUAAUUCCAGUCGAAGUUCUUAAUUUCAGUUCUGAAACCGGCAAAAUUAUACAGAUAAAGCCACAGAAAAUUAAUAUUGACAUGAGACCUGGUGGCACAGUUGAUUUUAAAUUUUCGUUCAAAAAAGCAGAGGACUAUCCUGUUGAUCUAUACUUUCUCUUCGACGGAUCGUCCACAAUGAGAGAAAUAAAAAAUACAACUGCAAAAAAGAGUAAAGAUAUAUAUGAAAUGAUGCGAAAUAUGACCAAAAAUGUGCUUUUAGGAAUGGGAACUUUUAUAGAUAAAAAUGCGCUGCCGUAUACACAACUUAAAAACAACAAUUUAACUUACUCGUUUCGUAACAAACUAAAAUUGACAAACAAUUUUAAGCAUUUCCAAACUAUUGUAAAUGAAUCUUCCUUUGGGUCAAACUAUGAUACUCAAGAAGGCAUUCUCGAUGCCCUUGCACAAGUUAUAGUAUGCAAAAAUGAAAUAGGAUGGCGAAACGAGUCUAGGAAAAUUAUAAUCGUUUUGACUGAUCAGUCUUAUCACGUAGCUGGAGAUGGAAAAUGGGCAGGAAUAUUUCAACCUUACGACGGCAAAUGUUACACAGUCGAUGGGGUUUACUCGAAAGAAUUAGAAAUGGACUAUCCAUCAGUUAAUAUAAUCAAUAAAUUGGCAUCCGAAGAUGAAAUAAUAAUAUUUUUUGUCGUCGGACAGGAUGUGCAAAAUAUUUACGAAUCUCUUACUAAUAGCAUAAGUGGCUCUAAAAUAGGUACUUACAGCGGGAAUGAAGGAAAAAUUGUACAAAUAUUAAAGAGUACCUACGAGAAAAUGAUACGCAAUUUAAAAUUGAAAGUGAACAUGAAAGGCGAUCAUCGCGACCACUUUCACAUAUUUUUUGAUCCCAAUUGCACCGUGCAUCCCGUGAAUAGUAAAUGCAACAUAAAUAGUAUAGGAGAACUUACAGUUAAAGGCGCCUUUAAACUCUUGCACUAUUUUAAUUCUGAGAACAUUAAAGUACGUAUUUUUUUCGAGGGGAUAAAAGAAAAUUUGAUUUUGAAUAUCAGUGUAUUGCAUUCCUGUAACUGUAAAACAGAACUGAAUUCUUCUUUGUGUAACUACGGCGGAACGAGGAGUUGUGGUAUUUGUGAAUGCUAUCAGGAUAGGUACGGUGAUAAGUGUAGCAACCCGAACGACAACUCAACUUGUAUAGCCCCCAGCGACACUGCAUUAUGCAGUGGACAUGGAUCAUGCUUGAGAGGAAAGUGUUUGUGUAGAGAUGGAUACGAAGAUGAAUAUUGUCAAUGUAUCAAAGAAAGUUGUCCGAGAGAUGCUAAUGACAAUAUGUGUUCUUAUCCCCAUGGCGUAUGUGAAUGCGGUGUAUGCAAGUGUAAUCCCGAGUGGAUAGGGGAUAUAUGCGCUUGCCCCAAUACAACAGACUGUAAAGACAAGAAUGGUAUUUUGUGCAACAAACGGGGUGAGUGUAUUUGUGGUGUCUGUCAGUGUCAAAAGGUAGCUGACUGGGAUGUUAGGAAUAUACAGAACAAAUACUGCAGACUGUCAUGCGAAGAACAGUCUUCUGAAGACUCUUGUCAUAAACGACAAUGCUCUAAUCUCGAACCGCUCGCCUUGUGCUACUUGAAGGGAUCAGAGUGCUAUCGCUACAAUGAAUAUGUUGAUAUAACCUUGAGAAAGAAUUUAACAGCGGUUAACUUCACCAACGAAUGGCAGGAAUGUCCUAAGAUACGAGUUGACCUCGGUGCUUACACGAAGUUUAUAUAUCGCUACAAGGAAGAUGACUACGGAAUAAGAAUGAUUAUUCAAUCGGAUUUUGACUACGCUGAGACAUAUUAUGUAAUUGGCGGAGCAUGUCUAGGGUUUCUUAUUUUGAUUGGAAUCGUGACAAUCAUAGCUUGGAAGUACCUUACAGAGAGACGAGAUCGUAAAGAGUAUGAGGCUUUCCUGAAGGAAUCGUCCGAUAUGAUAUCGGUAUGCGAAAACCCUAUUCACGAGCCAGCGACAACGACAUACCAUAACCCGACGUUUAGAAAAAGAUCCUUUCGUUCUUAGAUAUUACGCUUGUUGGUGAUUAUAUUUUUGAAUAAUAAAGUAAUUUUAUAUUACAUCAGCUCA